GCUCUCGUGGGGUCAGUCACUCUCGCGAUAUUUUAUAUUUUCAUUGGAUUUGAAACAUGGCGUCGGAGGUAGAGGCGGGUAGCGCAGCUGGACCCGAACCGGAGACCGGAGAGGGAGAGUCUACGUUUGGGGAAGUUCCCACCAGCAUGGACACGGAAUCAUCCAACGGCAAAGAAGGAAUGGAGGCGGCCGGUGAAGGCUCUGAAGCUGCUGAAGCUCUGACCGGGUCUGGAGACGAGGACAGCGGGAGGCAGCUGGGAGAGGUGGAGCUGCAAUGCGCCUUGUGCAUGAAGUGGUUCACCGCAGACACGUUCGGCAUCGACACCGCAACCUGUCUUCCCUUUAUGACCAACUAUGUGUUUCACUGCAACGUGUGUCAUCACAGUGGAAACACAUACUUCCUCAGAAAACAAGCAAACCUGAAGGAGAUGUGUCUGACAGCGCUGGCAAACCUCACGUGGCGAUCCAGGACACAAGACGAGCACCCGAAGACCAUGUUCUCCAAGGACAAGGACAUCAUCCCGUUCAUUGAUAAGUACUGGGAGUGUAUGACGACCCGCCAGAGGCCGGGGAAGCUGACGUGGCCCAACAACAUAGUGAAGACCAUGAGCAAAGAGCGAGACGUUUUCCUGGUGAAGGAACAUCCCGACCCCGGCAGUAAAGACCUGGAGGAGGAAUAUCCUAAGUUUGGUCUUCUGGAUCAGGACCUGGGAACCAUCGGACCCUCGUACGACACACAGAAACAGACCACGGCUACUCCCACGACCGGAGGCCUGAACGGUGGAUCUUCUUUCUCAGGUGCUCUGGCUCCUGGUCCAGGAAAAGGAAGAGGGGCCAAACGCAAACAACAGCAGCAGCAGGAGGGAACAGCUACAGGGGCCACGAAGAGAACUCGAAGUGACCCCUUGUUCUCGGCCCAGCGGCUGCCCCCCCACGGUUACCCUCUGGAGCACCCGUUCAAUAAGGACGGCUACCGCUACAUCCUGGCUGAGCCGGACCCCCACGCGCCCGACCCGGAGAAGCUGGAGCUGGACUGCUGGGCUGGGAAACCGAUACCCGGAGACCUGUACAGGGCCUGUCUGUACGAGAGGGUGCUGCUGGCGCUACACGACAGAGCGCCUCAGCUGAAGAUCUCAGACGACCGGCUGACGGUGACCGGGGAGAAGGGCUACUCCAUGGUCCGAGCUUCUCACGGCGUUCGCAAAGGAUCCUGGUACUUUGAGGUCACCAUCGACGACAUGCCUCCAGACACGGCCGCCAGACUGGGCUGGUCUCAGCCACUGGGGAACCUGCAGGCGCCUCUGGGUUACGAUAAGUUCAGCUACUCGUGGCGAAGCAAGAAGGGAACGCGCUUCCACCAGUCGAUAGGGAAGCACUACUCGUCGGCCUACGGCCAAGGAGACACGCUGGGCUUCUUCAUCGAGCUGCCCGACGAAACGGAGACGGCCAAAGCUCUGCCAGACACGUACAAGGACAAGGCGCUGAUUAAGUUCAAGAGCUACCUGUACUUUGAGGAGAAGGACUACGUGGACAAAGCAGAAAAAAGCCUCAAGAUAAUGAGUCCAAGCAAAAUGAUUUUCUACAAAAACGGUGUGAACCAAGGCGUCGCCUACGAGAACCUGUUUGAAGGCCUCUACUUCCCGGCCAUCUCCCUCUAUAAGAGCUGCACGGUGUCCGUUAACUUCGGGCCUCAUUUCAAACACCCUCCGAAGGACGUCAAGUACCAGCCGAUGAGCGACAUGGGCUGGGGGGCGGUGAUCGAGCACACGCUGGCGGACAUGUUGUACCACGUGGAGACGGAGGUGGACGGCCGCCGCAGCCCCCCCUGGGAGGGAUGAGCUCAGUAACUCGCCCGGCGACAACAAAAGACAACACCAUCCUCCAGACUGUAGGUCAAAGCAGCAGCAUUAGCUCGUGUUAAUUUUGCCAAAACAGGAAGUAAAAAAACCCUGAUCGCUGGUUUCACUCUGAACUAAAGCUGCUUCCACCAGUUUAACACGUGUUCAGAACGUCGGAGAACCCUGAUGUUCUGCAGAGCUUCUUUAGUGGCGUCUGUCCUGCUGCAGGUUUUUAUUUGUUUGACGACGUGUGCUAAUUAUUGACUGUUUUAUACUUUGAGUUGAAUAAAAAAAGAAUAAAUAAUGGAACUGAUUCAUUCAGUUUAAAAGAAAA